GAAAUUGAUCGCAUCAAUUUUACUUAAUUUUUAACUUUGUUUUGAAUGUGUUUUGCGCAAAAGCAUUUCCAACGUUCAGAUUUAGCUCAUUUUAUGUACAACACAAGUAUUCCACCAAAAUAGAAUCGAAAAUGCAUUUUGGAAGAUUAUCAAGUAUUUCUUGGAUGAAAAAAUGGUUGCUAGUUAUCGUGCUGUUUAGUGUGAUUACGUCGUUGUGGGCCCAACCAGUGAAAGUGAAGGAUGGCAUCAGUGGAUUUGGUCUGAGGAAAACAUGCGGACGCGAUUUGGUAGCAAGAGUUGAUCGGAUAUGUCAAAGUCGUGGCGGCCAUAUGACAUACACAGACACUUCUCGUCGAUCUCGUCGAAUUCGUCGUGGCAUCGUUGCCGAAUGCUGUACAAAUAAAUGUGCUGAUCAUCAUCUGUACGCAUACUGUUCGAAUGACAAAUAUAAUACUAAAUCAAGUGAAUCGAUCGAAUCACCCGCUUGGCCGAAUGACAUUUUGGAAGUGGCCGAUUCUCAAGUAAAGCCAAUUUUACAAGAGGUUAAUUCUGGAAUGAAUGCAGAAAUGAUUACCGAAUCGCUGCCGCUUAGUGAUGGUGAAGUUACCUCAGAAAAUCCAAGAUACCAUGAUGUUUUAGUGAAUGGCAAUGUUGACACAAAACUUGUCGAUCGUAUUAUAAAAACAUUGCCACGUAAUUUUAACGAGUAUCAAGUUGGAACCGUUCCCCCAGAAUACCAAUUACCUGUCUCGGUAAAAAUGUCUCGUUAUAUACCAUCACGAGUUCGCAUCAACUCAAAUUAUUAUUGAGAAAAAAAACGGAUAAUUAAAUCGCUGCCUCAUUCAUAUUUUGCGUGAUUCAAUCCAUCUUCAUCGAGUAAAAGGCUGUGUGUGUGUUUGCUAACAUACCAAGCACCGAAAUCACUUUCAUUCUUCGAACAUACCCAAGUUUUGUGAUAUUCAUUUUAAGUUACAUUCUCUUUAUUUAAAUCCAUUAUUUACGUGAUAUUUAUUGAUAAGAAUAAAGCAGAGACAAAUUGAAAUAAACAUUUAAUGGACCAUCGAUCAAAGAAGUAAUAAUCUAGUCGCUCGUCAUUGCAUAGAAAAACAAAUUCCACUCAUUUAUUAUCAAAUUGAACGAAAAACAUUCAGAAGCUGUUUCGUUCUUUUGAAGCAGCCAAUCUCUGCCACGAUUCAAUUUUAAAGAAAAAAAAAUGUUCUCAAAUUCGCCAAAUGCGCUCAAGUUAUUACAUUAUAAUUGAUCGCACGUAAAUACCAUGUAAAAUAUAGACUUAAU